AUGGAGCCGCCGCCGGUGGACCGGCAGGUGGCGGAGAUUGCCGCGGAGCCCGACCGCGCCGCCGCGUACGCGCGGUUGCUCCUUCUGCAGCGCGGCUGCGCCGACGACCCCUCCGCCGCUGCCGACCUCGCCGCGGAGUUGCCUUCCACCCUCCUCCCGCUCCUCCUCCGCGACGCGGCCGCCGAUGACGAGGCCGUCGCCGCUUCUGCGCUCAAGUGCCUCGGCUUCGCGCUCUACCACCCCGUCAUCGUCUCCACCAUUUCAGCACAGAUGGCCCAAUUGGUAUUGGAUACCUUGGUACAGAUAAUCAUGAAUACUCGGAUGAAGUCAUCUUGUAAUUUGGGUGUCUGGUGCUUCUCGGUCCAACAAUUGGAGCCAUUGAUUAUAGAGGAUAGAGCAGAUCCAAUGCUUAUUGCUAUUGUUCAUGCCCUCGACAAUCCGUUUGGUUCCUUGUCCACAACAUUUGAGGCAGCUCAGGCUAUCUUGAAGCUUGCUGACCAAAGUCCCAAAAGAAUGAGGGACCAAUCAUGCUUGUGGGUUCCACCAGUGUACCGAAGACUCUUAAGUGCUGACAAGACAGAAAGGGACAUGGCAGAAAGAUGCCUUAUUAAGGUGUCAUGUCUUAUUCUACCACCUCAGCCUCUUCUUUCCAAGGCUGUUGCUUCAGACCUUGAGCAGAAGUUACUCUCCUGCAUGGUAAAUAUGCUUGAUGAUCCUUCGAAGAAAGUUCAAACUGUGAAGUCAUGGGGAUGGAUCAUAUCUUUGCUUGGUCCAGAUGCAGUGAACAAUAGACCGCUGCUUAAUAAACUCCUAAAGGUUCCGGAGCAGAUGUUUACUGAUUUAAACCCACAAGUUCUGGUUGCUACAAUGGUUUCCUGGAAAAAAUUGGUGGAUGCAUUUUUUCCUUCUCAGGCAACCGAGAUUGUGGUCCAACAAACUGUGAUUCCCCCAUUAAAACCCAUUGAACAGGCAAGUGCGCAGGUGAAAAGGAUAAGAUUAAUUAUGGUGCCUUUAUGUCGAGUUCUAUCAAGAAGUCGCAAUAUUGUACUUAGCUCUUCUUGUUUGAAUACAUGGCAUUACCUUCUACAUAGACUUGGUAAUCUGAUCAAUCAUUUACCCAUUCUGAAGGCUGCUUUUGGGCCAAUACUCAAAAUAGUUUUCUCUUUUGGGAUCAAUGAUCAGAACAAGCUGCUAUGGUCAUUUUGCUUGAAUCUUUUUCAUGAUUUUGUUUCAUCCAAAAAUAGGGACAGAGAGGAUUUGUGUCCUCCAGUGAAUCAGAACUUGCUAGCUCAAUCGUGCAUGCAUAUCAAGGCCUUAUUGGAUGUUCAACAUAUCAAAUGGUUACCAUGGGAUAUUAGUUGCUUUCAUUUCCAGCUCGAUAUUCUUGGCAUAAUUCUUAAGCCAGAACUAUUCCAGGACAUGAUUCCUGAAACACUGGUGAUUGUUAUGGAUUCUGCAACAGAGAUUUUCAGAUUUCUUCUUCAAGGUAUUCAAAUCGAACUUAGAGAGCAGCAUGCUUAUGAACAAGUCAGCCAAUGCAUUACUAAUGUGUGCACGUUUGCAAAGAAGUUGUUGCUGGAUCAUAUAGGAAAGAAUAGUGUUAACAAGCGUGCAACAUUACUGGAAUUUGGUCUUCGGUUUGUGAAAGUUAUUGUGGACGAACUAGAUCAUUCUCUGUUAGCUUCUGAAGACAUUGAGGUAUGCCUAGACAUCGAGCACAUAAAGGAGAACCAACAUGCAGAAUACAGUCCAAAGGUGUCUUUACCAAGAAUCAGAUCACUCUCUUACAUGGAGAUGGUUUCUCCAGCAGUUUAUGUGGCUGCACUGUCUCUGUCCAUGAUAUCUCAGUAUACUGGAGAGCUGUCUCGUAGAGAUGCAGAGAAGUUGGUUUUAAUUCUGGCUUCAUCAUCCAAUGUCCUGGAGAGUUUUCGUAUUGCUGUCUCUUUUAUGUAUAUGCAGAUCGGGCGGCCGACAUGUAAUAGGGAAAGAUUAAAAUGGUUGAUGGUUUGGAACUCGUUUGCAAAACAAUUGAACAGUCAAAUUAUCUCUUAUUUGGAAACCAAUUCUGGAUUAAGUUACCAUGAUGUUCUCCAUCAGUUCUUCUGUUAUCCAAUCCUUUAUUUUUUAUACCCCAAGGGGAUAUCCAUUCUUUUGAAUGCUGAAAACAGCUCCGAGUCAAAUGUUUCUGUCCUGCAAGACCUGGAGAUGGAAUCAACAAUUGGAGUUUAUAGAUCCCUCUCUACAAACUCCUGUAAUUCGAAGUUUUCUUCCAAGGUUUUCUUUGAUGGUUUUUACCAAUACUUGGUUUGCACUAUUGACGAAAACAUGGCAUUGUUCCAAGCCAACCUUGAGCAUUUGUCGGAGAAGUUCGAAAAUGCUACUAUCCUUUCUGCUCUUGGUGAAAUAGUUAUUGGACUGUUACAGAAUGAUCAAAUGUUGACCACUGCUAACCAAGAGUUGAAGGAAACAAGUGAAGAUUCUUUUGUGUGCAGACAACCUAAACUUUUCUUGAAUUGGUUCAAGCUUGCUAAUAGGUUUAUGAGGUUGUCAAGUUUUCAUUUCAAAGCAAAUCCAGCUGGACAGCACCAGGUCACAAGCAGGUUUUUUUCAACUUUAUCUAAUUUUGCUGGGCAUAUCGUACUAAAGGAACACGUUCUUCUUCUUUUCGAGAUUAUUGGAGACCAACUUACGGAGUGGCUCUCUUUAACCACCAUAUUGUACUCUGAAACGCAACAAGGAGAAAUUAUUGUUCAUCUUGAGAACCUUUGGCUCAAGAUGGUUGAGUGCCUGAAGAGGAGUCAGCUAGUCAGUGAUGUUCCCUUAAUAAAUCAGAAGCAGCGACUUCUUCAAGUUGCACUCAAUCACCCACAUCACCCCAUUUCAGAUGCAACAGCAUCAGUUUGCAGAGCAGCAACACAUGUCAACACAAUACUUCACCCUGGCUGCUUAAUUUCCGAAUUUGAUGAGUUAUUAAUGCAUAGAAGAAAGGAUCUUGAUAGUUCCAGGAAAACAGUCAUCACAUCCAAUUCUACUGAGCUCAUGGCUGAGAGAGAUGGUGGAUCUGUGAAUGUCUCGGUGGGUUUGGGGAGGAAGAGGCUGAAGAUCAUGAAGUAUUCAACUAAACCAAAGGAAUUUAACAAAAGUACAGCCCACAUGGGCUUCUCACCACGUAAUAUGGAAAACAGAGUGUGUAGGAAACCAGAAUUAAUUUUGGAGAUGCUACAGAGAAAGACAUAG